AUGAAAUAUUUUCAAAAAGCUCUGAUUUUGGCAAUAUUCAAUCUAGCCUUGAUACAAAAGCUAUAAGCUCAACAUCUUGGCAAGACUCCUGAAGGCAUCAACAUAUUCAAGAUUGAUUUGAGCUUAGAUCCAGAGGACAGAUUUGUAGAAACUGCAACCUUUUUCAAAGAGCCAGUCAUAGAAUUAUUUUAGCUUUACAAAGAUGUGAUAUCUGAGGCCAUCAACUAUAUGUUUAAAUUCCUUGAUCUAAUCACUUGGUCGAGAUUCAAUGAGAGAAUGUAGGAAAUUGAAGGUAUCGCUGAUGUAUUAGAUUUAUCUUCAAAUUAAGUUAUGAUGAUGAACUUUUUAUAUGAGCUCGAUGCCUAUUGUACCUCCAUUAUAGCUCGCCAAGAUAAUGGAAAUCUUCUUUUACUCAGAAAUUUGGAUUUUUACUUUCCCAAUGAAACUAAAAAGAUCACUUACAUAGGUAAAUUCUACAGAGCCGAAAAGCUCUUGUUCGAGGCUCCUAUGUUUGCUGGUCUAGUAGGAGUGUAUACAGGCAUGAGAGAAAAUGCAUUCGCCCUGUCGAUAAACGAAAGAAAUCCAAAGAAGUCUGAUACAGGAUUUAUGGCUAACAUUGGUAUGAUGUUCAGUGGCUUUUCGUAAAUCAGCUAUUUGACUAGAUAAGUACUUCAAGAUUGCAAUGACUACAAUUGCGCAUUUUCAAAACUUUAAACUAAAACAUUGAUAGCUGGAGGAUACUUAAUAUUGGCUGGUAAGUAAGGGAAUGAAGGAGCAGUUAUCUCUAGAGAAAGAACCGGUACACUCUUUGUUUAAAAGUUAAAUGAUACUUAAUGGUACUUAGUUCAAACUAAUUAGGAUCAUUUUGAUGGUAAAUGCCCGAUCAGAUGCUAAAAGGCUAACGAGAGAAUCUAAGCAAUUGGACAUAAAAAUAUUACAGCUGAAAAUCUAAGAUAAAAUGUGCUGCUAUAAUGGCCUAAUUUAAACUUCAUGUCAAUAUAUACAACAACCUAUGAAGUUGCUUCAAAGUAUUCUAACACGAUAUUAGUAUCAGCUACAAAUUUAGAGGAUCCUGGUGAUCUUGAUACAUGA